CUCUUGGCAAUCUUACUAGUGGUAAACUCCACUCGAGGUCACCAUUACGUAUUCAGUUAUCCCGCUGACCCAAAACGACCAUUGUCCACGCGCGAUCGCAGUAUAACAGACCCUUGCAUCGCAAAGACCUGUAAAGAUCCCCACUAUCAUCACCAUGAACAAGAAAAGUCUAGCGAUGAAUUCGCAGGAAGAGAUGCAAUCUUUAACAUGGACGUUGGAUUCCUUGCUGAUGCUCUUGCUCCAAAACCUAGUCUCUGUGACCGCAAGUUCCAACUGAGUAUCGACGACCUCACCUUUGUUGGUCAUCCUGUCAGUCUCACUACAAAUCCCAAUAAUAAGCACAAAAACGUUGAUUUGGAUGGCGAGGCAUCUUCCCUUGAUGAUGACGAUCACGGUUUUCUACCUCAUGACAUUCCUGCUCCAAUCUCGGAUGACAAGCUUAACCACUCUCUCACGCACAUGACACUUUUCCACGUUGUGUUUGUUCUUUCACCACCUGAUCUCGAAUUGAAUUCUCAGGUAGAGGCCAUAUACGACCACGUUGUGUUGCGCUACACUUCGGCUUUGCGCUACGAACAGCUACGAUGCGGCUAUGUCCAGGAAGAGAUUGACAAGGUGCUUUCACUCAAAGAAGAUGCGCUAAAUAAAGGCACGCCUUACGAUCAAGUCACACAGGACAUCCUGAGGGUCUCGUCGCUUGCACAGGACAUGCGUCAGAUGUAUCUGGCCAUAUCGACCAACACGGCAGCCCAUUUGAUCAUCAAUGACUUUAUUGAUCUCUCGCUUCAGAUCCCGCUUCUGGGAGCAAACGUAGUGGGAGCUGGUGGCAGCGGUGGACAUGCAUCAUGGCUGAUGGAUAUUUACGGCGUCGGUGGUUAUGUCUAUGACACAUAUCCUGUCUUGUGCCCGUACCACACACUGCUCUUGUUGGAGGAUCCUGAAGAAGUCCUCAAGAACAUGCCACUAGAUGCAAGUCCAACUCUUGUUCAACUUGUCCAGAUCCUCACACCUACACAAAGUUUACAAGAACUGCACUUAUUGCUGGAUUGCUCACUUGCUCAGAUGUACCGUCUUGCCGCUCACUUGAUAUAUUGGCGUAAAGCAAAACUGAUCCACACAAUACAUGUGCGGAACCAUUAUGUGGUUUCACCUCUAGCCAAACUAGAUGAUAUCCCCGCACUUGACCGAGACUUUCGCCUUCAUAUUCCCAACCUUGAUUUCCCUACUCUCCUGUCUCAAUUAUCAAUCGCCAAACCCCUUUACAAGAUCGCACCCUCAAAGGAAUUCCGAAACCAAUACCUCGAGGCAAUUACUUACCUCGUGCGCAAGGACCUCGUCGUACAGCUUCACAUGUUCCUGGUCCUUGUUCUUCCCUUUGGUCUCCGCCCUAGUCUGGGAGACAGCGAAAAUGAAGACGAAUCAAAGAAACAACUAUCGUCAGCAAAUGCCUCGGCAGCAACAGUGUCGGCCUCAGCAGCAGAUAUGGCAGCCAGUCCUGGGGAGUUAGAAUGGAAGGCUCUCAAACGACUGGCUCAUGAAAAAGCCCCAAAGGAAAUUGCAGACUUGUUUGAAAGGUUGGUUCCAUACAUGGAUGGCAAACAUCCAAUUGAAGAGAUUAUGUACCGUGAAGGAGUAUCCAGACGUCAGCUAAGCUUGGUCCUCAAGUAUUACCGAGACAAUAUUGUUACUAUUCACCACUACUAAUAUAUAUAAUAUAAUAUAUAAAUCACAUAAAAACAACCCAACCAAAAAAAUGGUAAUAAAAAAUUGU